AUGGUUGUCAAUACGCUGUCCGUCUCUAUGGCGGUUACGCCCGCGAUUGUUGCCACUUUCUUCUCACAUUACCUCAACCGCACUCCCCGGCGUCAGCGACCAACGGCUCACCUUCCUUACGACCAAGGUCUGAAUCUUGUGCGCACUUUUCUCAUCUAUGCCUCGCACCACACUGUCGAAGAGGUGCAGGCUUUUAUGGCUCAGUGGGUGCCGGCCCCGACCUGGAUCCGCCUUGAGAUUGUCACAAUCUCCGACGAGCACCUUGCCCAAGCUGCCACGGUACUGCAGACACAACUUGGCCCCGAUGGCCUUCGCCUUGUUGGCGGCAAAAAAUGGUGGCAGUGGCGCAAACCAAAGAGUCCGUUGCAGGCCGAAUGGAUCGAGAUGAAGUCCAAUUACACCGAGCGCAAGAAGAACGACGGAGGCAAACCUGCCCGACGUGUCAUGUUCUACAUUCAUGGCGGCGCCUACUAUCUGGGCAGCGUUCACGAGCACCGCUAUCAAUUGCAACGACAUGCGCGGAAGCUCAAGGCCCGCGUGUUUGCGCCACGGUACCGUCUCGCUCCACAGUUUCCUUUCCCUUGCGGCUUGCACGACUGCCUGGGCGCUUACCUGCACCUGCUCAGCCUGCAGGGUAACGAUGCCAAUACCAUUGUACUGGCUGGCGAUUCCGCUGGUGGCGGCAUGGUUUUGUCGCUUCUCGUCGUUUUGCGUGAUCGUGGGAUUGCGCUUCCUGCCGGCGCAAUCCUCAUCAGCCCCUGGGUUGACCUGACGCAUUCAUUCCCCAGCUUGACCGUCGACGCGCCGUUCGACUACAUCCCGCCUUACGGUUUCCACCAGCGACCGUCCAAAUCCUGGCCUCCGCCGAGCGCCAAUGUUCUCGAGGAAGUGGACAAGAUGAACCAAAGGGCCCGAGCGGAGGUUCAUGCGACAAAGGGCAAAAACAGUACUGGGAGCGGCGUUUCUGCGUGCCCAUCGCCGCCUCUUACGGAAGCUGAAGAAGCUGCUGAGAACGAGGCAAAGCUAAACAUGUUUGCGGCCAACAACUUGAAACUGGUGGCGAACGACGGGACCGAAGAAAUUCUGGUCAAUGAGCAGAUCCACAUGUACACGACCAACAACAUGCUCAGCCAUCCGCUUGUCAGCCCGGCCCUGCAGCCCACGCUUGGUGGACUCCGUCCGCUGUUGAUAAUCUCCGGCGGCGGUGAGAUUUUGCGAGACGAGCAGAUGUAUGUUGCCCACAAGUGCGCCGACCCGGCCAAGUACGCGGGCCCCGAGGCCAGCCUUGAUGAAGAAGCCAAGGCCCAGAUCGCGCGCUACCCGCCCACGGAUGUCCAGCUCCAGGUCUGGGACGACUUGUGCCAUGUGGCGACGACGUUGAGCUUCACACGCCCGGCCAAGUUCAUGUUCCGGUCGAUUGCGCAGUUUGGCGCCUGGGUCCUGGCACGCGCGCAAAAGACGGAGAUAGACAUCUUAGAUGACGAUGCAAUUUCUGUUAUCUCGGCCUCGAGCUCGGAUUUGGACCCUGAUGGUGCUUCACCUAGUCCUGCUCAUACCGACACGACUGCCUCAGGGGGUGCUGCCCAUGCUCCGGCCGCGUACGACCAUGCGCAAGCAAGUACUAAGACGGAGGAGAACGCUGGUGCCGGUCCUUGCCAGCAUAUUGGAAAGGCAGGUGACUCGCUCCCGCCUUUCAAACACCACAUGAUUCGCCAGCGGGUCACUCGCCACGGCGACGUCUAUCCGCUCGCGCCGCCUGAAGAGCUGCCCGGCACGAAAAUGGCACUCGAGAACCCCGCAUAUGUUGGUGUGCCCAAAGAAGGCCCUGUUCGAAGGUGGACGGCCACGAAGCAGCAGUGGGACAGCCGUUACUCUCGCGACAGGAGCAAAGUGCUUAAGAAGCGCCUCCGCGAUGCUGCCGUCGGCUUCGAGUCGUUUGGUCCUGGUGAGCACCCGCCGCCGAGCGCCUUGGCCGGCUGGGUCAAGAUUGGAGAGGACCUGACCGAGCACGGCCCUCGCAAGCAGAGUCACGGUUUGGCCCUGUGGUCUCUGUGGGGUUCGAAGCACGACGAGUCGACGGUUGAGCGGGAGCAGGACGCCCACGAGCAUGAUGCCCAGGGAGCGCCGAAGGAGGGGGCAGCGGACCCGGCCGCGGCCGAUAAGUCGCUCCGUGGCCGUGAUCAGUCGGCUGCACCAGAGGAAAAGGAAGCUGCAACACGUGCAGAUGACCGCAGUAGGUCGCGCCGGCGAUAUGUGCGGAACGAGAACCAAGCCGACGGGCAGGAUGAGCCGAUACCAGCACCGACUCCAAUUGCAGUUCUCCUGCCAGAGGAAUCGACGCUGGCGAAUGGCGACAGCAUGACCGACAGCAUGCUCAAUGGCAUGCCCAGUGAUGCCACCGCUACGGAAAAGCCUGGCCGGGGUAAACCGUUGACACCCUACGAUGCGGCCAGAGCUGCUGGCGACGCCAACCAUGUGGGCUCGACGGGCAAGCGGCCGUUCCUCGGCGGCAUCGCGCUACCGUUCUCGCUCAACAAAGAUGCCGAGACGGCAAGCAUGGUGACGCUGCAGUCGACUGCUGGCGUGCCGGGCUUGCAGGAGACUUCGGCAAAACCGUCACCUGCAGCUCCCAUGACGCCCGCGCAUUGA